AUGACAGUCUCGUUUCCGGGGAAGUCAAACCUCCCCUGCUUUUUUUUUUUUUUUUUAAUAACCUUUAAAUUAAUUUAGACUCCAGAUAAGCCUUGAUCUGAGGAUGAUAUAACCACAGCAAGCAACAUGGGAACCUCUAGAAAAAUCAGAAAGACUUUACAAAACAUGAUGUGAUGUCUACUGGUGGAGACAGGCCACGAGGUCCAGAGAAGAAGGGGUGGCCUGAUCCAGGGACAAUGAAGAUGUAAUGUUGAAGAAUCAGCUGGAGGAAAGAAGCAACAGUCACCAUGGAAAAGACAAAAACAAAGCAAGGAGAGAAUGAACAUAUGCCGAUGAAUAAUCCUUCCACACAGAUUUACCAGUUGCAGGCCUUGGCCUCUGAACUUAAAACUGGUUUCACAGAAGCAAUGCAAGAACUGUCAAGAAUUCAACAUGGAGAAUAUGCUUUGGAAGAGAAGGUUAAGAGCUGCCGAUGUUCCAUGGAAGAAAAAGUUACUGAGAUGAAGAAUUCAUUAAACUAUUUCAAGGAAGAGCUGAGCAAUGCCAUGUCAAUGAUUCAGGCCAUCACUUCCAAACAAGAAGAAAUGCAACAGAAAAUUGAACAGCUUCAGCAGGAAAAGCGAAGAGAAUCUCGAAAAGUUAAAGCCAAGAAAACUCAAAAAGAAGAACAUGGCUCACAGGCUGGGCCUGCUCAAGCACAAGGAAGUCCUUUCCGUUCAAUCAAUAUCCCUGAGCCUGUUCUUCCAAGUGAAGACUUUACAAACCUUUUGCCCUCUCAGGCUUAUGAAAAAGCCCAAGAGUCCAGAUCCAUGCAUGUGGGAGAUAGUAAUGUGAAGGGGAUGAUAGGUCCUGGAAUGAACCCAACAACUCCAGAAGCAGAAGAAAACCUAAAGUCUUGCCUCUCGGCUGAUAUCCAAUCCAAGAGCCAUCUGUCAUCUGGUGUGUGGAGGCAGCCUAAGGAUGGUAAAGAAUGGGGUGACGAAUAUGUCACAAAAGACCACCCAGAUAAACUCAAGGACGCUGGCCAGGGCAGACACAGCUCCUUGGAAAAUGUUUUAUGUGAAACCUCUUUAGCUGCUAAAAGACAGACUGUGGCUCUAGAACUCCUUGAAUCAGAAAGAAAAUAUGUCAUCAACAUCUCUCUGAUCCUGAAGAUCAAGGCAACAUUCCAAGGGUCAGAUGGAAAGAGGAAUUCCAAAGAGAGAAGCCUCUUCCCUGGCUCUUUACGGUACCUUGUCCAGCAGCACCUCGAUUUGCUUCAUGCUCUGCAGGAACGGGUCCUAAAGUGGCCACGCCAAGGAGUUCUUGGAGAUUUAUUCCUUAAGUUAACAAAUGAUGAGAAUAAUUUCUUGGAUUAUUACGUUGCCUAUCUAAGGGACCUGCCUGAAUGCAUCUCUUUGGUUCAUGUUGUUGUCCUGAAGGAGGGUGAUGAAGAGAUUAAAUCUGACAUCUACACACUGUUUUUUCACAUAGUCCAGCGCAUCCCUGAAUAUCUGAUACAUCUGCAGAAUGUCCUGAAGUUCACAGAGCAGGAACACCCUGACUAUUACCUACUCCUGGUGUGUGUUCAGCGCCUUCGAGUAUUUAUCUCGCAUUACACCCUGCUGUUUCAAUGCAAUGAGGAUUUGCUUAUUCAGAAACGGAAAAAGCUCAAGAAAUCAUCCAUGGCAAAGCUGUACAAAGGGCUGGCUUCCCAGUGUGCAAAUACUGGACAAGAUGCUUCCCCUACUGCAGGCCCUGAGGCUGUCCGUGACAGUGGGAUCCACUCAGAAGAGAUACUGCAACCCUACCCUUCUGCUCCCAGUGCUGGCCCUGCUGUCACACAUCUGAUGCCCCCAGUGAAGAAAAGCCAGCCACAGCCAAGCCUGAUGGAGAGCAUGCAGCCCGGGAAGCCCAGUGAGUGGGAGCUGGAGGGCAGAAAGCACGAGAGGCCCGAGAGCCUCCUGGCGCCCGCGCAGUUCUGUGCCGCCGAGCAGGACGUGAAGGCGCUGGCCGGGCCGCUGCAGGCCAUCCCCGAGAUGGACUUCGAGCCCUCGCCCGCCGAGCCGCUGGCCAACGUGGAGCGCUCCCUGCGCGCGCCGGCCGAGCUCCUGCCCGACGCCCGCGGCUUCGUGCCCGCGGGCUACGAGGAGUUCGAGUACGGCGGCGAGAUCUUCGCGCUGCCCGCGCCCUACGACGAGGAGCCGUACCAGGCCCCGGCCCUCUUCGAGAACUGCUCGCCCGCCUCUUCCGAGUCCAGCCUGGACAUCUGCUUCCUGCGGCCCGUCAGCUUCGCCAUGGAGGCCGAGCGGCCCGAGCACCCGCUGCAGCCGCUGCCCAAGAGCGCCACGUCGCCGGCGGGCAGCAGCGGCGCCUACAAGCUGGAGGCGGCGGCGCAGGCGCACGGCAAGGCCAAGCCGCUGAGCCGCUCGCUCAAGGAGUUCCCGCGCGCGCCGCCCGCCGAGGGCGUGGCCCCGCGCCUCUACAGCACGCGCAGCAGCAGCGGCGGCCGCGCGCCCCUCAAGGCCGAGCGCGCCGCGCAGCCGCACGGCCCGGCCGCCGCCGCCGCCGCUGCCGCCGCCGCCCGCGGCGCGCCCCGGACCUUCUUCCCCCAGCAGAGGUCCCAAAGCGAAAAGCAGACCUAUUUGGAAGUAAGGAGGGAGAUGCAUUUAGAAGACACCACCAGAUUCUGUCCAAAGGAAGAAAGAGAAAGUGAGCAAACAUCUUUCAGCGAUCAAAACCCCAGGCAAGACCAGAAAGGGGGCUUUCGCAGCUCCUUCCGCAAGCUCUUUAAAAAGAAGUCCAGUGGAUCAGAAUACAGGGAAAAAACUAAUGAGAAUCCCUCAAUGGAUCCUUCACCCACCAAACAAGAUUUCUUCAGAAACCGACUUGCUCUUGCAAAUGACCUUGACCAAGGAACAGCUGUGUAAACAUACUUAAAGUUGUAUUGUCAAGUGGUAAGAUGAGGAUAAAAAGCUUGUAUAUAUCUGUGUAGGAAUAUAUAUAUAUAUAUAUAUAUACACACAUAUAUAUAUUGAUGUAUAAAUCCCUGAGGAAAACUAAUAUAAAUACUUACAUAUGAAACUAAAUCAACAUACAAGACAUUGAAGAGAUGAAGAUUAGUCUAUGGUUGAGAGCUGGCUUUUUGAACCUCAACACUUGGGAAAAGGGAAAUGAAGACUUUUCACAGCAUUACAGAAACACAAUAAAUUUGGAGGAAAAUAAAUAUUUGUAAGAACAAAAACUUCCAACUUGAAGUCAUUCCCCCAGUAUAAUAUUGAGCAUGUAACAUGGAUGUGAAUUUUAUGCUUCCUAGGCAUUUACCUUAUGAAUUCAUUCCAGUGCUCUUAGGCUAAUACACAUGGUGUUAGGGGCCAGGUCUGUCUUGCCAUAUAUCUUCCAAAAACUCCAAGGCAUACCUAAAGGCAAAGGAUCAAUUAACAAAGUUAUAUUUUACAUGUUGCCAAUCUGAGUUGUGGAGUAUUUGUGCUUAAACCAUGAUAUAGAAGGUUCAAAGCAUAUAGACACAUUGAUCUCCAAACAGGAAGAGAACCCUGAGAGUAGUAUUUCUUUUGUUCUGUUGUUAUGAAAAUCAGUACAGGGACCAAUGAUAUCUCUCAAAACUGGGAGGCCAAAGAAAUAUUUUCCCUCAUGGGGAUUAUGCUGUAGAUGAGAACAGUUCAGAGUCUAUGUGUUACUGAGUAUUCAGGAUUUAAAGAUCCACUAGUGAUCCUGAAUGUCACAAACACUCAUGAACAGAUAGAUUGGGGGGAAAAGCACUUAUUAAGCUACAUCUUCUCUUUAAAAAGACUUUCUUCAGUCUGGAAAGAAGAUGGCAACAUCAGUGCUUUAAUGGCUCACACACAUGGGUUGCUACAAAACACCAGGUCAGAAUGAAAACUACGGCUGGCAGUUCUUUUUCUGUUUUCCAGAAGUAAGCUGUAAAAAAAACAAAAACAAAAAACAGUUUUUAUAGCUCAGACAGGGGAAUCAUUGCAAUGAGGCUUGCCUGGGUAUGGGGUACUAAAAUGUGCUUUGUUUCCACAUGGAUAUGUCCAAGAUGGUCCACAUCCUUGACAUGCCCCAAAUGUAAGAAUAAUAGAAAAAAAUUAGGUCUCUCUUCCCAGGCAGUUGUCUGUAAUGAAUUGGAGGCAUUUGGUUACAGCUUAUUCAAAAUCUUGGUACUCAAACCAACUUUCUUUAGAGGGUGUUCCUCUAGGAAUGUGCUGUAUGAUAGAUUUGGGGGAAGUUUAGCUUCUGAGUGUUGUAGGUUUUCUUCUACUUGUCUGAUGGUUAAUUAGGAACUCAUCCAUUAGCAUUUUGAACAAUAGGAGGUCUGGAGCACUUAAAAGAUCGCUUCCAAGUUUGGAAUAUUUGGAAUAUUUCCAAUAUUUAAGUGUAAGCCAAGCUUUUCAUUUUCCUUAAGUUAAUGAACUCCUUUGAAGUUCCAGUUUCUCUCUAUUAGUAGGCCAAAGGUGGUUUGGGUGCAAUGCCUGAAAGCACAACACAGAACUGACUGGAUGUGGGAAGUGAAGUACAAAUCACAGUCUUUUAAGUAAAGUGUAAAAACAAUAACAUUUCUUUCUCCUUCAUAAUGUUGAUCAUAUAAAUGAUAGAUUCCUGGGAAGGUUUCAAAAGCAUCACACACCUCGCAAAGGAUAACAUCCUUUGAAAAAAUCUUGAUGUUACAUCGGUAGCAUAACUCAAUUUUGUUGUAUCUUAUGAAACUAGCAUAUAAAAUUAGUAAUAAUUAGUGCUGCUACUCUCUGGGUCUCCAUCACUCGAUAUCUGGAUUUUUCUGGUAGCUUUCUGACUGUCCCCAAGUACUGUCUGUUCCCAUCAAUCCUACACAUCUCUAACACAUUAAUAUUUCCCAAUGCUGGAUUGUAUGAUACUCUUUGUUCUUAUUGUCUACAAAUUCUGAACUCCUUGACUUGACAUUCAGGGCUGUCUGUCUCUCCAGUAUGGCUCCAAAUCUUCUCUUUGGCUGCCAUCUCCCGUUUUAUAGGCCUGCUGGACCACGUGUAUCAGCAAAGCUGGGCUUUUAUUGCUUGCUAGUGAGCCUUGAACCUUGCUUCAUGCCUUUUUCCUAGCCUCUUUCCUCUCUGCUGGUCUUCAAGGUCCAGUUUAAGUCCCUCAUCUUUUUGUGAUCUCCUGUGUUGUAACAUGUCUGUCUUUUGAUAUAUUUUAUCUUGUCUUCCCAAGAAGAAUGUAAGUCCCUUCAAGGACAGGAACUAUGACGUAUCUUUGUAAAUUCCUUUCCACUUCUAGAAUAGUGUAGAGUAGACUACAGGGAAUAAAAUCUAUUCAUAAUUUGACAAAGAGCUUCAGGAUUGUCAUUUUACCUUCCCGCCUUUCAUUUUUUUUAAAAGAAAAAUACCAAUCACAAAGGAAAUAAAAUACAGUUGUCUUCAGAAGCACUUUUUGCUUAAAGGCAGAAGGCGCCACUGCCACUUUCACAGCAUCUAGAGUUAGAAAACAUCUCUCCACUUAAAAAAAAAAGUUUGCUACUUUUUUCUGUGUUGUCCUGGCUCAUUUCAUAAUCUUUCUACAUAGUAUUGUAAAUCGACAGUGGAGAUAGGAUCUUUAAUAAUAUUUCUUAAUGACAUUUAAUAUAAUGCUGGAUUAAGGAUGAAGUCAGGGUGAGAAGGAGGUUUGCAGUUCCUACAUCUGUGAGCUCCAGUCUCCUGGAGAAGUACAGUUUACAGGAGACUAUAGCUGUCUUCUGGAAGUCUCUGGGUUCAUAAGCAGAAAGAAACAUUCCACCAGGAGAUGAGGUGGAUGUUUUCACGCAGGUUGGGAGUGGCAACAGGUCCCUUCUGCAGCCUGCUGUGGUUUGUGUACAAGCCCGAGCAAGGAUUCCCCUGCUUUUCUGACUCCCAAAGUGGAACCUUGUAGAACCAGGGAUUUGUGGAGCAGCACCCUAGGGUUCUCUGUAGUGGGUUGUUUGAUCAUGUGACAAAUAGUUAAAACCUGUUGGAGGUUUGAAAGUAGAAUGUUUCUUGCUUGCCCAGGGAAAACCAUUUGAGUAGUGCUUUCUAUAGAACUUCAUGUCUCAUUUGCUUACCUUCUUCAAGUCUUUACUAUUAUGUUACUUUUGCCAUGAGGGCACUUGUAAAAAUUCAGGUUCCUGGAUACUAGCUCAGUCCCACUUUAUUGAAAUAUUUGUGAGUGAGGCCCAGGCACCUGCAUUUUAAAUGCAUUCGGGUGAUUCUUUGCCCUACCAAAAUUUUAGGGCCAUUACAUCUUAGACCAAUAAAUUGAUCUUAGUAUGUAAGCUUCGGCACGCAGAUUCUAUCCAUAGAUGGAAAUUUAGGACAGAAUAAAGAAUUGAUUACACUUAUCUUGAGAUACAGAAAGUUGAUAGUUCAUCAAAAUCCAAAUGAAUCUUUCUGAAUUCUUAAAUUUAUCAUCUGUGACCUUUACUAUCACAUACAGUAAUAUUUUGGUUAAAAUAUACAUAUACACAGGAUUAGUGUUCUUUAUAAUAAAUUGACAAAAUUGAUUGUAUAGUCCAGAUAAUUGCAUGCACUUAGGAAAACAAUAAAAUGAAUGUCUUAUAUUAAGUUGUAUAAUAAAAUUAAAUCUAGUUUCCAGACUAAACUUUCUCUUGAAAUAUCACCAUUGAUAAUUUUCUUCCCAAGCCUAAACAGUAAUGCUUUUGGGACACUUCGGAUUCUCAUAGCCUAAAAGUUGAUUUAGCAUGAAGAUGUGACUGUAGCGCUCUCAGCAUCUGAGCAUCCUGGUAUGUAUGGAAUAUGGGCCAGUAAGUCUCACAGUGGUGGGGACAGGGUGAGGGAAAAGGGACAUGAUAUAUACUCUUUCAAAAAAGGAAAUGAGUUAACAAAAGAGGUUGAGAAAAUUGAUGAGGACCUAUAUAUUUUAAGGGAAAAAAUAGAAAUUGUUGUGUAAUACUAGACCUAAAUUUUAAACAUAUGUAUAAGAAUAUACGAUAUGAUUUAGGUAAUGCUGAAAAUAUUAUUUUUGGAGGUUGUCAGAACUGCAAAAUAGUCAAGAUUUUUCUACCCAAGUAACUUAUUUUCCAAAACUUGUUUUCAGAGAGCUUAUGCAUGAUCUUGGUAAGUCAUCUAAACUCCUUUCUUAUCUAUAAACUAGAUUUUUUUCUCCCCUCUUGCCUCGUUCCCUUCAGAGGUAAUUGUAUUAAAUGCUCAUAAUUCUCAGCAGGAAAACAACGUAUUGUGUUUCUUCCUCAUGUCCAUAAAGCUGAUUAUCUGAAGACAGUGGUCUCUACUGUAGAGGUCUGUUGUUGGAUACCAUCUGUGUUUCUAAGUGGGUUGUUUCCAUUCAGCCCUAGGCCACAUCCCCUCUCCUUAUUAUCACAUUUUCCAGGUGGGGCAAAUGCUUUAGCAUACAAGCAUGCUCUUAUUUCUUCCAUUUUUUAAGCAAAAGAUAUCUUGACUGUUGUAGCUAUGCCUUAUAUCUCUGCUUACCUUUCUAGUAAAACUUGAGUGAGGAAACUUGCUCCAGUUCUCUCCUCCCAUUGUUUAUUAGACUCACUUGGCCUGUACCACUCCCCUCAACUGGCUGUGUCCAGUUUAUCACUGACUUUCACUUGCUAAAUGAAUAGUCCACUCUAUCAAAUAGUAUUUGACAUGCUUGUCACCUCUUCCUUCUGAAAUACUACUACUACUACUACUAAUUUACUAGUCUUCAAGGGCACAACAUACUCUUGGGUUACAUCUUUCUUAAUUGGCAAUUCCUUCUUAGUCAAUUUGCUGGUUCUGCUUUCUCCUCCCUCUCUUAUCAGAGUGGCCUGGGGGCUCUCCUUUACUUAGAUCUCUUCUUUUUCCAUUUUGUACUUACCUUCUUUGGUGAUCAUAUCCAGUCUGCUAGCUUUAAAAUAUGAUCUUUAUGAAAGUGACUCCCAAAUUUAUAGCCUCAGCCCAGACACCUGUCAGAGGUCCGACAUAGUUAUAUUUAUUGAACUUAAUAUGUCUGAGCCUGCUUCAUCACUACCUUCCCACCUCAGUUAAUGGUAACUUUGUCCUUUAGUUGCUCAGACCAAAAGCCUUGAAGUCAUCCUUGACAAUUCUGUUUCUUUUUUUUUAAUUCCUUUUUUUUUUAAAAAAAGAUUUAUUUAUUUAUUUGAGAGAGAGAAUGCAUGCACAAGGACUGGGAAGGG